AUGGCCGAGAAAUAUGGACAAGAUGUCGAGUACGCCGCAGAAAUACCGAGUGAUCCGGUUAUUGAGGCGCGCGAGAAAGCUUUGAUAUGGAAACAGGAUCUACGAAUUGUUCCACUUUGUGCAGGAAUUUACCUUUUAUGUUAUUUGGAUCGAUCCAAUAUUGGAAAUGCCAAAAUUCUCAACGAGGACACCCACAAUGAUCUUCUCUCUGAGACUGGGAUGACCUCGUUUCAGUAUACGAUUGCACUCAUGGUCUUUCUCAUAGCCUACGCACUGUUUGAAGUUCCUUCCAACUAUUUUUUGAAGAAGCUUAGGCCUAGCCGAUGGAUCGCGUUCCUAAUGUUAUCAUGGGGUGCAGCUACUAUGGGACUAGGUGGUACGCAUACCUAUGCUCAAGUAACAGGAAUUCGAUUCCUACUGGGUGUCAUGGAGGCUGGACUCUUUCCCGGAUUCGUCUACUAUCUGACAUUUUGGUACCGCAACUCUGAACGAUCAAUGCGAGUAGCUUUAAUUUUGGCUUCUGCAACGCUCGCUGGUGCAUUUGGUGGUGCUAUCGCAUUUGGCGUAGGCCAUAUGAACGGUGCGCAUGGGCUCUCGGCUUGGAGAUGGCUCUUCAUAAUUGAAGGGGCACCGUCAUGCGCCUCAGCAUUCCUGGUUUGGUUUUUUCUACCAGAUUAUCCCGAAACGGCUCAUUGGCUUUCACAGGAGGAGAAAGAGCUUGCAGCUUAUCGGUUACAGACCGAAGGGUCGAAAGGUUCGGCAAGUGCUAUGUCUUGGGCCGAUGCAAAAGCAGUACUUUGCGACUGGAGAUUAUAUGCUCACUAUGCACUGAUGACAGUGCCCCCGUAUGCGGUGGCAUAUGUGGUCACUGUAGCUGCGGCAUGGUCUGCGGAUCAUUUCAACAGUCGCGGUCUUCAUUCUGCUAUGUUUUCUUUCAUUGGUGCAAUGGGCUUUCUCGCCUCGGCUGUACUCCCAGCAGACGCGUACCUUCAUCGUUAUGGUUGUCUUAUAGUUGCAGCUAGUGGUGCGUUUGCCUGCAUUCCUCCAUUACUGGGAUGGCUAUCAUCCAACCUCAAAUCCACAGCUGGGGCUGGACUCGCAAUUGCUUUGAAUGUUUCAUUUGGUGCACCUGGUCAGAUUGUUGGAGUAUGGAUCUACAAAUCAGACGAGGCAACGAUAGGGUACCCAACGGGACAUUGGACUAAUGCUGCCCUUCUUCUUUUCGUGACGGCUGGGUGUAUUUUACUACGCCUUUAUUAUAGCUGGAAGAACAAGCGAAAUGGUGGUGAUGAAAAUGGAAAGAAGUUUGCAUAUUAG